AUGAAGGUUCUGUUCGUGUGCAUUGGCAACACCUGUCGCUCUCCAAUGGCAGAGGCCAUCCUGAAGCACUUGGUUUUUAAGCGGAAUCUUCAGGAUUGGCAUGUGGACAGUGCUGGCCUCAGAGAUUGGAAUGUGGGACUAGAACCUCAGGGACGUGGGCAACAGUUACUGAAACAACAUGGACUUAAAACUAACCAUAUGAGUCGGAUGAUAACAGCACAAGAUUUCUAUGACUUUGAUUACAUAUUCGGCAUGGACAAUAGCAACAUGAUGGAACUUCAGCAAAUGGCAUCUCAACUGAAUCCCAGUCCAAAGUGCAAGAUUCAGUUGCUGGGCAGCUACAUUGGAAGAAAGGAGGAUGAGAUUAUCGUGGAUCCAUACUUUAGCCAAGGAAUGGGAGGUUUUAAUACUGCCUAUCUGCAAAUCCUGGAAAGCUGCGAAAAAUUUUUAUUAUAUUUAAUUUCUACGGAAGAAGAUGUUGUGGCUUAACCUAAAAUUUAAAAGUCUUGUAAAUAUCAUUCCAUACUUUCGAAUCGA